GCUAGAAACACCGGGAAUGCGCCGGCCACCAUGGCGGAUGUGUGGCCGGCCGGCCCAGGAGCGGGGACAGAGGAGCCCGGCUUUUGCAGCCGCCGGUUCUCGGGGCCAGCCCUUCUGCCCUGAGCGGGGAUGAAGCUGGGCGGCUCUGCUGCGACCUGCCCAGCUGCGGGAUUCAUUCGCCUCCCUUCCUCGCCCUGCUGCAUCAGCCUGAGCGGGGUCAAGGGGAGGGGGGAGCAAGCGGCCGGCCCCAGCAGAGACCAGCGGGGUGGAAGGGAGGGCCGUGGCGGCGGCAGCUCGAGGGCCCCCCUCCCACGCCUUGCCACGUGCUCGCCCACACAAUGUGGGCGAGCGGGAAACCCAUGGAGAUGGAGGCUGCAGCCCCAGCAGGAAACCCCCCCCCCCCCACACACACACACUCAUUCUGACGUGGAUCCUCCUUUGGUUACGACUGCCGAUGGCCCUACAGAAACCACGGAUGAAGCGAGCGUCAAGGCCGCCGCCAAGCAGGCCGAGGCCCGCCUGGGAGGUGCUGGCCUGAACCUGCUGAUCAACAACGCCGGCGUCAUGCCAGCCUGCACUCUGGAGUCGGCCACCGCCAAGGACAUGCUGGACGUGUACAGCACCAACCUGGUUGGGCCAAUGCUGGUGGCCAAGGAAUUCUUGCCCUUGCUGAAGAAGGCAGCCCAGGCGUCCAAGGAGAAGGGCAUGUGCUGUGGGAAAGCGGCCAUCAUUAACAUGUCCACCAUCCUUGGCUCCAUUGAGAAGACCCCUGAGCAGUAUUUCUUCAUACCAGUUGUCUCCUAUCGCUGCAGCAAGGCCGCGCUGAACAUGCUGACCAAGUGCCAGUCGAUGGGCUACCGAGACGACGGGAUCCUGUGCACGGCCAUCCAUCCUGGCUGGGUGAAGACAGAGCUGGGAAGCGAGCAGGCCGACCUGACUGUGGAGGAGAGCGUGAACGGCAUCAUGAAAACCCUUUGCAGCCUCUCUGAAAAGCAGCACGGGAUCCUGGUGACCUGGGAAGGAAACGUCUUGCCGUGGUGAGAAGAGCAAAUGCAGGCGGAAGGACCACAGGUGGAGGCCUUGAGCAUGGAAGGCUCCCUCUGCGCGGAUUUGUACCAUGAGUCUGAAUGAUGAAUAAAAACAUACCCAGCCA